AUGUCUUUGUUAACGGCAUUUCGGGGCAGCUCAUCUAUACGUCGCGAAAGCCAACGACAUUUCCGGAGACAGCAGCUUGAGAAGCACCCCCAGCCUGCUGCUGAACCAGGCAUCCCUCCCGUCCGGGAUGAAAUGCAGGCUGGCAUCGACAACAUCUCAUUCGAGGAUACCAUUGGGCCUUUGAUCAACGUCUUGCCUUUUCAUGUGUCCAUCAAUGGGAAGCAGUCCACGACCGAUUAUCUGCGCUCUGUCUCCCCCCACUUCAUCCAGCUGACGUCUGUGCAGAGCUCGACCCCCGAUGACGGAUACUGCCGCGACUUUACGUCUGCCAUCGCCAUGGAGUUUGAGAUUUUCAGCGUGACGAUAUCCAACUGCUGGCUGACCACUUUCGCCGUGCCAUUCACGGGGAAGUCUGGUCUGUUCUUGCUCACCGGUCCAUCAAUUAGAUCAUCGCUAUCUACGGCAUCCUCAAGGCAGGUGGUGUCUACUUUGCCCAGGACCCCGGCUUGCCCGAUUACAUUCGUGAUGGCCGAUAGGAUUGAUUCAUUUGCUUACUUCAAGAAGACCAAUGCUGCGAUUUUGAAUCCCUCGGUGACCGAGAUCCUCCUGCUGGAGGAUUUCCCCGAUUUGCGGAGGGUGACUCUGCAUCAGCUGGUUCUGGCGUCAGUUGCCUUGGCUCUCCAGUCCAACCGCAACGACAUCGACAUUGUCCUCGGGGCCCCAUACUUCAAUCGCGGACAAGAUGACCUAGACACCGUGGGUCUGUUCCUCGAACCGAUCCCCAUCCGCAUCCAGUUUCCUUUCCCACAGGAUCAGGCAUCUGUAUCAACCCUGUCAUUCGUCCGUGCUGUCCAACGAUGCAGUCAAUCUGCCAUCGCUCACGCGAUUCCCUGGACCCAACUUUCAGAAGCAGUGGGCGCGUCGAAGACUGACUUCCAUAAUCCCCCCUGCUGGACGUGAUGGUGACUUUCCACGACGAUCGCACGUCACCCCGGUUACCUGUUGACGGCCUCGACCCGGUGAUCACUUAUACGAAGGGAUCAAAAUUUGCGCUUCUGGUGGAGUUUUGUGCGGUUUCUGAUGGGACGAUUCUGAUGAGAUUAGAGUAUGAUACCGAGUGUAUUCCGAAGGAGAAGAUCCGGGGUAUAGAUAAGAUGAUUCUCGAGGCGCUGAGAAUGGUCGUAGAGGGGGAUUCAUAUGGUGCUGUUAAGGAGAGGAUGAGGUCGAUGAGUGUGACCGGGGGUGGUGUCCAUGGAAAGGUGGAACGGUAUUUCGGGAUGAGGUUGGCUGAUUUGCGGAGGGAGUAGGAAACUGGGGGUGGAGGUGUAGAUAGAUAGACUGUGCAGUUCAGUGAGAGUGUUGUGUAGGAGAUCAAGAGCUUCCCCGUGAUUUCUUUGUUUCCGAUUCUGGGUCACGCGGAUUGGUUGCC